AUGAGCAGCACGAGUAGCAGCAGCGGGGGCGCCCCGUCGUCGGGCGGAGGAGGGACGGCGGGCACGUCAGCGGAGAGGGCGGGGGAGUUUGGAGGCUUGCGGCGCUCCAACCGCAUUCGCAAGCCUGUCGCGGGUGCCACUACCAACACCGCCAAGGAGAACGCGGCAGCGUCGUGGUCGGACGGCAGCGGGGCUCUCGCUGCGGGUGCCGAUGACGGGGACACAGGAGCGCCCUGGACCGAGGCUGAAGUCACGCAGUUCUACCACGGGCUGCGGCAGCACGGCAGGGCGUGGAAGAAGAUAGCGUCGGAGCUCAAGAACCGCACCCCGGAAAUGGUGGCCGCCCUCUACGAGCAGAACGGCGGCUACCUCUCCCUCCCGCCCGAGCACACCAGCGCUCUGGCGCUCUACAAGAUCAUCGCCGAUCGGCAGCGGCCGCGCCCAGCUGGGAGCGUUGCCUCGGUCGGAGAGCAGGGUCCGCCCUCCCCGCCUGCCACGCGCAAAAGCCAGCGAUCGGCCACGGAGCCCCGGCGGGACCGCAAGCGCAAGCUGUUCGACAGCCCUCCGCCGCCGGCCGACCGUUCACGCCGCCGCUCUGCCAUCACUUUCUCCGGCCGCAAGGAGCUGAACGACGACCGGGACAUGGAAGCGGAGGAGGAGGAGGAGGAAGGGUACGCCGAUGAGGAGGAGGAAUCGGUGGCCGGCCCGCGCAAAGGCCGAGGCUCGACCACCACAGCCAGGAGUAGUACCCGACGGGCGCCCCUGGAGGCGCCCUCUUCCUACGCGGCGAGCAGCAGCGGCAGUGGCGCGCAAAUGACGGACGCCCUGCCGCCCAAGCUGCGCGCCAAGUGGGCGAGCAGCAAGCACCACUUGCAGCCGCCCCCCGCCUCCCGCUCCACGCCCACGCGCGAAGCCAAACGCAAGCGGGCUUCGGACACGCGUGCGGAGUCGAACGACAAGGCCAAGGCCAAGAUCCAAACCACGCUCACCAACUUCAUGAAGUCGGAGCGUACGGCCAAGUGGAGCAUGUACGAGUGGUUCUGCGCCGACAUGGACCGGCCCUUCUUCGAGUACAACGACUUCCAGCACUGCCUCAACGAGAUGGGCCUGGGCCACAUCACCCACCUCACACGGGUGGAGUGGGGCCACGUGCGGAGUGUGAUGGGCAAGCCUCGGCGGUUCUCGCAGGCCUUCCUCCAAGGCGAGCGCGCCAAGCUGCACGAUUACCGCGCCAACAUACGCGAGCUGCGUAACGGCAAGAGCCCGAUCUCGCGCUCCUUUUACCCUCCCGUGUCAGAGAUACCGCUGCCCAUGCCCAUCGGCGUGCACGCCCUAGCUUUCCAUCCCUCGCAGCGGCGGCUGUCGCGAGGCGUGGUGAUUGCGGUGGGCGAUGGGCAGUACCAGGUGGAUUUUAUCGACAAGCAGAUGAACGCGAACCUGGGAGGCAUCUGGGUGGCCGACACCGAUUUGAUGACCCACGAACCCCGCUCCUCCUUCGCGGCUGACUACCCCGGACAAGAGUCUCCGCGUACCCCCACACGCGCCGGCUCCGUGACACACGUCCAGUAUCCGCAGGAAGAUCUGCAAAGCAUGGUGGGCCUGCUGCGCUUGCUGCUGCAGAAAGAGCAGUGUAUCGCACAGCUUCGCGAAAUGAACAACAAAGCCGAAUCAGCCGUGGGACGAGCCGAUGAGUGUGGGGAGGAGUUCCAGAAGCAGUACGCGCACAUCGUGGUGAGCCUCGCCGAGACCAACCAGCUGGUCGAGCCCGCCUUGCGGCGCGUGCACGCCCGCUCGCCCCUUCACUCGCCCGAGGCCGACCGAAACGUGAGGUGGGUCUUCCCCUCGCCCACAGACUCACCUUCGUCCUCUCCCGUGAAGCCCGGCAACGGCCACGAGACAGCAGCGGCCGCGCCGGCGGGUGUCACUGACACGAGCGCGAGCGAACCAACCAGCGUCUCUGCUCCACCACCGUCGACUCAGCCCUCUGCUUCCUCUUCCUCUACUGCUGCUCCGGCCCCUCCCGCCUCGGAACCGUGA